UCGUCGCUCAUUUGCGAACCUUACCACUACGGAUCCAAGGCACGCUGGGGUAUCGGACAUCCCCGCUGGGGUCCCACUUGGCUGCGGGUGCCCCUCAAAGUCUGAGGCCACGCGUUGUUUUGCGGCAGAAUCUGGUCUGCAAGGGUAGGUUUGGCAACAUGUGGUCGCCCAGCGCCCCCCCCCCUGGCGCCUUGAAAGGGACGGGCGCCCGCCGCGCGGGGGGGCGAGCCCAGGGCCUCUUCAACCGCCCGUCGCCGGCCGACGCUGGGGGCAUACACCGCGAGGCGCUCAGGCAGAGGCGCGAGGAGGACCUGGCUGGAGAGAGGGCCAGGCGGGCGGACCCGCGGUACAGCGACAUCUUCCAUCGCCGCGCGGCGCCAGAUGCGGAACAUCAGCCCCGCUGGAGAGCCGCGCCCGAGGACCGAAUCGGCGUGCACAUGGACUGGACCGACAGCAGGACUGAGCUGCUUGGAGCGCGCCGGCCGCAGACGGCGGACAGCUCCUGCGCGGCCGGCGGCGGCGCCAGGACAGGAGACGGCGAGUUCCGCGGCACCGUGGACGACAUGCUGGCCUGGCCCGCCCGUGCGGCGGCGCACCCGACGCGGAGCGCGCACGACGGCGCGCACCGGGACCUCCAGCCCGUCGUUGAGGACGACAAUUCUCACAAGCUGAAGAGCAGCUCUGGCUCGUCCACGUCCCAGAUACACCAGGCCCACCUGCGAAGCUCCCUGCUGUCGGACGCGUUCUACUCGCAGGCCGAGAGCGCCAAGCACUGGAGGGUCGUUGAACUGCACGUCUCCGGCCUCCCCGGUGCCACAGGCAACGAGGACAUGGUGCGAAAGCUCUGCCAGGGGCUGGACCUCCAGAUUGUAAGGGUUUUGGUGGAGAUGGACCCGGUCCACAAUUUGUGCAAGGGGCGAGCCAAGAUUGUGGUGCGGUACAACCCCGACAGGGGCAAUCUCGACAGCCUGGUGAACCAACUUCAGGCGGCGAAUUUGCGAGUUUCCAUGUGAGGAGCGGCGCCGAGGCCACUCCUCUCCGAGGCGGGGGUUUAUCCACGAGCGCCGCCUGGGGGAUCGAUCCUCGUGGACCUCGGCAGGCGGUCCACGGAUACAUUCGGCUCCCCUGGGGCCAAAAUGCAUUCAUAUCCACCGCCCGGACGUCCGCGUCGCAUCCUCGGGGGUGGGACGGCGGGGGCUUCACGGGGCGAGCUGCUCUGGCCACACCUCGGCGCAGACAGGCUUUCGUGUGUCUGAUGUCCUCUGGGCCCGAGGACGGACGGACCGGCGGAGGCCCUGGGCAAGGGGCAGCGUUAGGGAAGACAGGUUCCAGUCGAAGCGCAUCGACCCCCAAUCGCCUGUUAUUCGCCGGCACGGA